GAAUGGAAAACCAAUGGACAUUUUUCUUGCACAUUCUUGUAGAUUUUCUUGCAAAAAAAAUCAAAUGUGUGUCCCAAUUAGAAAUAUUUCCAGUAAUCUUAGUUAACAGAUGUUAGAUGAGGGGUUUUAGAAAGAACCAGAAGUGAAAAAUUGGAGUUUAGUGUGUCCGUGAGCCAGCUCUGCCCUCCUCAAGUAUACUCCAUUCCCUCUUCUCUGCCCGCCCUCCCCCCCCCCCUGCAGAAAGGGUUGGUCUGCAUUCCAUGUUCACUGAGCAUGCUUAGUCCUCAUUGGGUUAGGGUUCUUUUAUAUUAAAAAAAAUUGUUAAACUACAAAACCAAGCCUUUCGUGCCAUUAGGUAGUGCCAUUUUGGCUACAAAAGCCUCUGAACAUCAGAAACAGAACGAUACUGUUAAGGCAGCUCAAGCUUAAAAGCACUGCUUGAUUUCAAAAGUGAAAUUCUUGAGAUUCUCCUACAACACUAGUAUGAAAUUUAUUUGAAGCUCUGGGUGGUAUUUGAUGCCCUAUUCAGGGUAGACCGAUUGAAGGAGAUAGACAUGACUAACUGAAGUUCAUUAAUUUCAGUGGGUUCACUCUGAGUAGCGCUUAGAUGAGUAUGCCCUAAAUUGCUGUUCUGCUGGACCAGGUGGCAACUGCCCAGAGAAGGCUGCAGGGGAAAGUUCCUGAUUGUUCAGGGGUGCGGAAUUCUGUGCCAGAAGGUUCCAGGUCUAUUCUUUGGGGCUUGCCCCUUCUGCUGAAAGUGAAGAGGGUCGGUUGCUUUAUGUAACCCUGUUCCUGAAUGGCAUGCUGAUGAACAGAGGCGCCGUGAGUGAAAGUUGUUUUCUGUGUUACGCAUUUAACGUGCACGUUUUGAAGAAUGCAUUGAUGUCAGCGAGAGAUUCCCUCCCAUUUCAAAUACUAGCUUCAAAUGAGGAUUUCCCCCCUCCAGAUCAAAGUCAGAUUCCCCCUCCAUUUGUGCUGUAGCAUUUGGUACCCAUCUCCUCUCUCUCCGCCCCACCACACUCUGCUCCCUAAAAAUGGGAUGCUAUUAAAAGGAGUCUUGGAUGCUAAAGCGCAUUGGCUGCCAUCUCCGAUUUUGCCUUCGGGUAGCAUAGGGUGCACCCCUCCUCUUGAUGGGUCUGGUUUGUGGCCUGGACAAGGUGUCCAGUUACAGGUCACCUGACCAUUUUUGAAAAGCUGAGGGCAGGCGCUGAGAGAAUCGCUUGCUUAAAGCCUUUAAGCAAAUGCAAAGUGGUAGUGAGAGUGGACAUGAAAACCUAUGAAGAGUCACGUAGUUUUUGCAAGGAAUCUCCCGUGCAGAUCUGCUUGGGGGGGAUAUUACCCCCCUGCCUCGCUCAUCAAAUGAUUAAUCAGGAAGGGGGCAAUGUGUAUCCCCAGCAGGCCCCUUGGCUGCUUAGAAAGGUUUGAACAUUAUCCACCUCAUCACUCUUAUGUUUUGCCAUCACCAAAAUCAGUGGGGUCUUGGGGAUGAUUUGCUUGGAGACAGAGAGCAUGCCCCCUGGAUUGAGGUUCACCACCCCUCCUCUAGGCUCUGAAGUCCUAGAUUUUACCAGUGGAACUUCUUAAUUAUUGUUGCAGUCUUUACUCCAAUUCAGCAAGGUGCAGCCCACCUUUUAGAGCAUGCCUGUCUACUACAAAUGGCCCUCAAGCCAACUUUUGCCACUUGGGGAAAUUUCACAGCUGAGCGAGGUGAUCUUUUAGGCUCUAUAACCCUAAAGGAGCAUUUAUUUCCUAUUAAAUGUCAGCUCCUGUUCUAUUCAAAGGGGCGCUGUGGUUUGCCACUGCCACACAUCAGCUUCCUGUUUUGAGGCAAAGGGCUGCUGUUCCUAACAGUGUGUCAUGUGAAAAAUGUAUAGGGCCUGGUACUCGGAUCUGUUUGAAAGAGGCACCCUCUUGAAAUGUAACAGGUGUUAUCCCUGGCCAUUGAUCGCUAGUAGCCAUUGGUAGACCUAGCUUCCAUUAAUUUGUCUAAUCUUUUAAAGCCAUCCAAGUUGGUGGCCAACACUGCCUCGUCGGGGAGUGAGUGCCAUAGUUCAACUAUGUGCUGUGUGACGAAGUUCGUUCUUUUGUCGUGAAUCCUCCAACAUUCCCCUUCACUGGAUUUCCACGAGUUCUAGCCUUAGAAGAGGAUGAGUAAAUGAUCCACUUUCUCCAUGCUAUGCCUAACUUUAUACACAUCUGUUGUGUCGCCUCUUGCUCACCUUUUCUCUAAACCAAAAGGCCCAAGCUUUUCCCAUUGGAUUUGAUAUUUGUUUUUAUUGAUGAGUUUAUUGUCAGAUCGCUUUGGGGAGUUUCAAGGGAAGCGAUUCACUUGUGCAAUGAGAUGAAAUAAAUAAUAAAUGGAUCACGGGAUGAUUGGCGGCAAAUCAAUGGCUUGACUUCCAGCUAUUGUUAUUCAAAGGCUUCCAUCUCUGCGACCUGAUUCAGCUCUUGGAGUCUCUGCUCUGUAGCAAUGUCGACUGCAGGAGGCAAUUGGCUCUGUCCCAAGCCAUCCUUGCACCUGGCUCCUCUAAGCCACGACUUUGCAUUUUGCUGUGGUUGGUAGACCAAGAGUCAUAGCAAAAAGAAUGGGGGGGGGGGCUUGGUCCCCUAGGCUUGAAGUCUUCCAGUCCCUGUUGCAAGAGGAUUCAGCUAUCAGAACUGCACGUUUCAGUUGCACGCAAGAAGUCCCAGGUUCUUCCCUAGGUAUCUCAAACCUGGGCUGGGAAAGACUCCUGUCUGAAAUCCUGUGACAGCCACUGCCAGUCAGUGUCGACAAUACUGACUGCAUGGACCAAUAGUCUUGACUCCACUUAAGGCAGCUUCUUUAAGGGUAGUUCUUCAUUCAGAACCAUGAGGACUGGAAGCUUGCUUUAUGUUUAGGGGUAAGGGCCGUAGCUCAGUGGGCAAAGGAUGUAUUUUGCAUGCAAAGGUCCCAGAUUCAAUCUCCAAGGGCUGGAAAGAUCCUUGUCUGAAACGGCCAAUAGUCUGACUCUAUGCAGCAGCUUUGGCUGUUCCUCUGAGUGAACGUGCUGGAUCUAAGCCCCCAGGUUAGGCUGAAUGGCCUGCUUUGGGACCUGGACCAGAUGAGCCACUGUUCCCGUCUGUGACUGCUUCAGUCUUGUGGUUAAUGAGAGGGCCGCCGCGUCCAAGCUGCGACUACCGGAUGUUGGGUCUAGUGACUCAUAAAGGGUAACAGGAAAUUAGAGGCCUGUUCACGGUCUCCGUGAGCAAGUGACCAUACUGAGGUUGGCUCUUUCUGAAGACAAGCAAGCGAGGGAGAUGGCCGGAGGGAAAAGGACCUGCUCCAGCUCCUGAGAACAUCUUGGGAUUUGAAGGUUGAGACGGUGGCAGGAUCAAGCUAUGAGCCAAGUGGAGCUGAUCUGGGGUGCCUUCUCCUUGAUGCUGUUAGGGGCUCUUGUCACCAUGUGUAUGAAAUGCCAACGGUCUGGGGGCAAACAGGAUGUGAUGGGCUUGGACAGUCAGAGGAAUCAGUGUGACAACCAGCAGAGAUUUGAGGUGGCUCCUUCUUACUCAAUGUCGGGACAAGAGUGUGCAAAAAUGCCAUAUAACUUGCCAGUACCAAGCAAAAGAAGCCAACAUCCUUUCACUGCAAGUCACCUUGAGGAAGCCUGUGCUGAGCCCACGUAUCAACAUUUUGAGAAAGAGUUGCGAAUGGAGCAGGAAACUGCUUACAUUGAGCCCAUAUCUACAGAUCAUUGCCACAGCUGCAGAAAAUUUGUGAGACUGCCAAGUGAUGAAGAUGCCUGCUGUUAUCAAAACGUGGCUGGGCCAUCCAAAAGGAGUGGCUGCAUCUUGGAAGAUGUUGAUAUCUACGAGAACAGCACAAUAAUCCAGUUAUGGAAGCACUCGCAGACGACAGAAAACUCUGAUGAUGAUGAUGAUAGUGAACCAUAUUACAUCAAUGCAGACCCAAACGGCAGGUUUGCUGCCUAGGAGGUGGUGAAAAAGAGCUUCAGGAGUCGCUCAUUCGCCAUCCUGCUGAGAUUAUGGCACCAUUCAAAACCUGUUCUCUUGGAAAGGGUCCUCGCUCUUUAAUCCUGACACGGCCCUGCAAGCAAAUGCGCAGUAAUGUACAUCUCAACAGGGUGGGGGCACCCUCCGAAGAAAGCCACCUGGAAAGGAUGCGUGCGCUCUUGCAAAAUCUAUCUGGGAAAGCUCCCAGACCAAGUGUGAGCGUAUGACAGCCGGCAAAUUUCAUUCUCGUGGUUUAUUUGUUCUGGCUGGUAGCCAGAUCCAAGUCUACAAGACAGUGUAUCGUAUUUUCUACCGCUUUCAAAAUUAAAAACCU